CGGUUUAUUUACCGGCCGACCGGCGUUUCACGCGGUUUCAUGUCUGUUUGCUCAUGUCGAUGUCGCGUUCAGGACUACGAUCGUACUCGUGAAAGACAUGGAUUCCGACGGCUGCUCGUUGACCUGCACCGUUGCCGUGGAAUGGCUGAACGCGCAGGGAUCCAUCCAGAGAAAGGCGACCCACCGAACGGCGUCGCUGCGUCUGACUCGGGAUCAGCAGCGCGACAUGCUGGUGGAGAUACGCGCCGAGAAGGCGAACGUGCUGACGAAGCUGCCGCUGCGAGGUAUAUCGGUGUUCAACAAAUUCAUGACCGAGGGGAAGGCGUCCAUCAAGUUCAGGGAGCAGAACUGCACGUUGUUCCUGUCGAACGCACCCUCUUCCCAGCUGAUAAGUUUCCUGAAGACGAUAUUCGUCAAGCUGACGGGUCAGGAGGGCGGCAAGAUCCCGGCGAAGGAUUCCCUGCGAGAGAGGUUCCUCGCGAACGUGCAGCCGGGCGGUGCCGAGGAUGUCAGUCCGGCCACCAGCACAGAGAUCAACAGAGCGAAGGAGAAAGCCCUGACGGUGUCACGCGCGACGGUCACCACCCCGUCGCCGGGCGUGGUCAGGAAGCGGAAACACUUCGGUGACGACGCUCCUAGAGUACCCGCGGCGAAGAAGCUGUACGAGAAUCCUACGUCGGGCGAGCUGACCGACGAGCAGACUCGAGUCCUGAACGCGGUGCUCGGCGGUAAGAACGUGUUCUUCACCGGCAGCGCGGGCACCGGCAAGUCGUUCCUGUUGAGGAAGAUAAUCUCGGCCCUCCCGCCGGAUGUGACGAUGGCCACGGCGAGCACCGGAGUGGCGGCCUGUCACAUAGGCGGAAUCACGUUGCAUCAGUUCGCGGGCGUCGGUCUGGGCACCGGCACCAAGGAGAGAUGCGUCCAGCUGGCCUCCCGUCCGUCCACAGCCGCGACGUGGCGGAAGACGAAGCACUUGGUGAUAGACGAAAUCUCAAUGGUGGACGGCGAUUUCUUCGACAAGAUCGAGGAGGUGGCGAGACACGUGCGCAGGUCCGAAAGACCCUUCGGAGGGAUACAAUUGAUCCUGUGCGGCGACUUCUUUCAGUUACCGCCCGUGUCCAAGACCAAUGACAAGGCGAAGUUUUGUUUUCAGAGCGAGGCCUGGCAGAAGUGCGUUCACUUCAAUUUCGAAUUGCGAACCGUCCAUCGGCAGAAGGACGAGGCGUUUGUGAAGGUAUUGAAUAGCGUUAGGAUAGGUAGAGUCACGGAUGAUAUUGUAGGCGUUUUGAAGGAAACGGCGAAGCAAAGGAUUGAGAGUAACGGAGUGUUAGCUACUAGAUUAUGUUCGCACGUGAAGGAGGCCGAUGAAAUUAACGAGUUUCAAUUGAAUGAACUUAAAGGCGAGAGUAAAGCGUACACGGCGUUAGAUUCCGAUAGCUCUAUGACAAACAUGUUGGACCAGCAGUUGCCCAUACCUGGUAAAUUGAUACUGAAAGUUGGCGCGCAAGUUAUGCUGCUGAAAAAUAUAAAUGUUAAUAGUGGAUUGGUGAACGGGGCUCGAGGUGUCGUUAUAGACUUUAAAAACGAUAUACCGGUGAUUCAGUUGCGAUCGGGAACUCAUUAUGCCGCGAAGAUGGAAAAAUGGGCUAUUAGAACUAGUUCCGGCGCUGUUAUACACCGAAAGCAGAUCCCUUUAAAAUUAGCGUGGGCCUUUUCGAUCCACAAGAGCCAAGGCUUGACUUUAGACUGCGUGGAAAUGUGCCUGUCGAGAGUAUUUGACGCCGGUCAAUCUUACGUAGCGCUUUCGAGAGCUCAGAGCUUACAGAGUUUACGAGUCUUGGAUUUCGACAGCCAACAGGUAUGGGCUAACACAGCCGUGCUCGAAUUCUAUAAAAAGUUCAGGAGGAAUUUACAAGAGAUGGAAAUGAUUCCUCUGGGAAAGAAAAAAAUUAAGCUGGAGGGAAAUAAAAGAUAAUAUUUAUAUUUUUUUAUAGCCUACACAUAUAUAUCAUUUGUUUGAAAUAAACAGUUUGUAUCUGACACAU